CUGGGAGGGGAGCCCUGCCUCCUCUCCCUCGCUCAGAUCAAUGCCCUGGCCACUCACUUUCUGAUGUUGCACGACGGGAAAUGCUUUGAAUACUUACGACAUGGCCGCUCACACUGAUUGCCAAGAUUGACAGCACUAACCAUCGCCUUCACUUGUUUCAAGGGGGAAGCCCCUAGUCACCCCGCUCUGCGCGCACCUCCUGGCACCCCGGCGGCAAACUUCUGCCGGUCAACGCUCCCCCCGCCCGGGGCGGGACACCCCCGCAGACUUGAGUUAACGGGCUGCGCCGGCCGCGGCGCUGGGGGGUUCUGCUCCCUUGCUCCCGGGGCUGUGCUAAUUGACCUAGCAUCGAGUCCCCUUCCUUAAUUUUUUUUUUUUAUUUGUAUCUUUCCCUUUUUCUUUAAUGCCAUUUACUCCCGCGGCGCAGCGCACAAGGAGCCCUCCCGUGCGGUACCAUCCUGGAGCCCGCCCAGGUCACUUUCAUGAAUUCAAAGGCAAUUUACCAGUGAUUUCUGGGUGCUGGGGCUGAUUUUUUGUCCGUAUUUACAUUCUAUAUCUUCUGAUGAGGAAAGAAAAAUGCUUCAAGAAGGACUUUGUGACCCCUCAUCACUUUGUAUAAGAGCCCAGAAGAAUGUCUUCCAAGCAAGCCACCUCUCCAUUUGCCUGUGCAGCUGAUGGAGAGGAAGCCAUGACCCAAGAUUUGACCUCAAGGGAAAAGGAAGAGGGCGGUGAUCAACAUGUGGCCUCCCAUCUGCCUCUGCACCCCAUAAUGCACAACAAACCUCACUCUGAGGAGCUACCAACACUUGUCAAUACCAUUCAACAAGAUGCUGACUGGGACACUGUUCUGUCGUCUCAGCAAAGAAUGGAGUCAGAGAAUAAUAAGUUAUGUUCCCUAUAUUCCUUCCGAAAUACCUCUACCUCACCACAUAAGCCUGACGAAGGGAGUCGGGACCGCGAGAUAAUGACCAGUGUUACUUUUGGAACCCCAGAACGCCGCAAAGGAAGCCUUGCCGAUGUGGUGGACACACUGAAACAGAAGAAGCUUGAGGAAAUGACUCGGACUGAACAAGAGGAUUCCUCCUGCAUGGAAAAACUACUUUCAAAAGAUUGGAAGGAAAAAAUGGAAAGACUAAAUACCAGUGAACUUCUUGGAGAAAUUAAAGGUACACCUGAGAGCCUGGCAGAGAAAGAACGGCAACUCUCUACUAUGAUUACCCAGCUGAUCAGUUUACGGGAGCAGCUCUUGGCAGCGCAUGAUGAACAGAAAAAACUGGCAGCCUCACAAAUUGAGAAACAACGGCAGCAAAUGGACCUUGCUCGCCAACAGCAAGAACAGAUUGCAAGACAACAGCAGCAACUUCUGCAGCAGCAGCACAAAAUUAAUCUCCUGCAGCAACAGAUCCAGCAGGUUCAGGGUCACAUGCCUCCGCUCAUGAUCCCAAUUUUUCCACAUGACCAGCGGACCCUGGCAGCAGCUGCUGCCGCCCAGCAGGGCUUCCUCUUCCCCCCUGGAAUAACAUACAAACCAGGUGAUAACUACCCUGUACAGUUCAUUUCAUCAACAAUGGCAGCUGCUGCUACUUCUGGACUCAGCCCUUUACAGCUCCAGAAGGGUCAUGUCUCCCACCCACAAAUUAACCCAAGGCUAAAGGGCCUAAGUGACCGUUUUGGCAGGAGUUUGGACACCUUUGAACAUGGUGGUGGCCACUCUUACAACCACAAACAGAUUGAGCAGCUCUAUGCCGCUCAGCUGGCCAGCAUGCAGGUGUCACCUGGAGCAAAGAUGCCAUCAGCUCCACAGCCACCAAACACAGCAGGGGCAGUCUCACCUACCGGGAUAAAAAAUGAAAAGAGAGGGACCAGCCCUGUAACUCAAGUUAAGGACGAAGCAGCAGCACAGCCGCUAAAUCUCUCUUCCCGACCCAAGACAGCCGAGCCUGUAAAGUCCCCAACAUCUCCCACCCAGAGUCUCUUCCCAGCCAGCAAAACCAGCCCCGUUAAUCUGCCUAACAAAAGCAGCAUCCCCAGCCCCAUUGGAGGAAGUUUGGGAAGAGGAUCCUCUUUAGAUAUCCUGUCCAGUCUCAACUCCCCUGCCCUGUUUGGAGAUCAGGACACAGUGAUGAAAGCCAUUCAGGAGGCUCGGAAGAUGCGAGAACAGAUCCAGCGGGAGCAACAACAGCAACAGCCACAUGGUGUUGAUGGGAAACUAUCUUCCAUGAACAAUAUGGGGCUGAACAACUGCAGGAAUGAAAAGAUUACUGGAGCAAAUCCCACUGAGAGAAGAUGCGCAGUGCCGCCCGGCAGGCUUCCCGGCACAGGUUUCCUUUCCUUACAGGAAAGAACACGCUUUGAGAAUUUGGGGCCCCAGUUAACAGGAAAGUCAAGUGAAGAUGGAAAGCUGGGCCCAGGUGUCAUCGAUCUUACUCGGCCAGAAGAUGCAGAGGGAAGUAAAGCAAUGAAUGGCUCUGCAGCUAAACUACAGCAGUAUUAUUGUUGGCCAACAGGAGGCGCCACUGUGGCUGAAGCACGAGUCUACAGGGAUGCCCGCAGCCGGGCCAGCAGCGAGCCACACAUCAAGCGACCAAUGAAUGCUUUCAUGGUUUGGGCGAAGGAUGAGAGGAGGAAAAUCCUUCAGGCCUUCCCCGACAUGCAUAACUCCAACAUUAGCAAAAUCUUAGGGUCUCGCUGGAAAUCCAUGUCCAACCAAGAGAAGCAACCUUACUAUGAAGAGCAGGCCCGGCUAAGCAAGAUCCACCUAGAGAAGUACCCGAACUAUAAAUACAAACCUCGACCGAAACGCACCUGCAUUGUUGAUGGCAAAAAGCUCCGGAUCGGGGAAUAUAAGCAACUGAUGAGGUCUCGGAGACAGGAGAUGAGGCAGUUCUUUACCGUGGGGCAACAGCCUCAGAUUCCAAUCACCACAGGAACAGGUGUUGUGUAUCCUGGUGCUAUUACUAUGGCAACUACCACACCGUCACCUCAGAUGACAUCUGACUGCUCUAGCACCUCGGCCAGCCCAGAGCCCAGCCUCCCAGUCAUCCAGAGCACUUAUGGUAUGAAGACAGACGGCGGAAGCCUAGCUGGAAACGAAAUGAUUAAUGGAGAGGAUGAAAUGGAAAUGUAUGACGACUAUGAAGAUGACCCCAAAUCAGACUAUAGCAGUGAAAAUGAAGCCCCGGAAGCUGUCAGUGCCAACUGAGGAGUGUUUGUUUGCUGAAUUAAAAUACUUUGACAUUUCACCUCCCCUCCCCCAACAAAAAGUUCUUAAAGAGCCCGCAUGCAUUUGUGGCUCCACAAUUACAUCAGCAGAAUGGUCUUAAUUGUUUCGUAAAGUGUGAGACAGAUUAAGUUUUUCCUGAUUUUUCAUGAACUUGAGUUUUUGUCGUUAUUGUUAUUGUUGUUGUUGUUGUUUUUUUAAUUUAGGUGAAGACAUAUUAAAUAUGAGACACCAGGACUUGAAAACUUAUCUCAACCCAUAGCUGUCUUACAAGUCUUAUAUUUUUGUCUUACUUUUUUUUUUUUUUCUUUUGGAUGUUGAUAAAGGUUUAAGUUACUGUUUUAGAUGGGGUUAAACAUUCUCACUCAGGUAUGCUGUGCCGGCCUACAGGUUGUGAAUGUGUUUUUAUUCUGAAUUCUUUUAGAGAACAACUAAGGAUUUCCUAUCGUGAAACAGAACCAGUCCACAGCGUGCGCAGCUGCGUGCAGAGCAUAUUCAAAAGGCCUCAGAAUUCCAUUGUUUCCACGUGUAGAGUUCAACUCUGAAUGUGCCAAACUUUUUCAUAACUUUUGAAUCUUAAUAUUUUGAAAGUCUUAAAGGAGACACUGCAAAGUCUUAGACAAUCUUUGGCAUCUUAAGAUAACACAACAAACCACACAUUUUUCUUUUCCAGAAAAUGGUAAAGUACUCAGGAAUCUGGAGACAAGAUAUUGUAAGGAAUGAACAAGGUUGCCACAGUGCAGGUACCCAAUCGUGUUUGCCUCUUGACGUGCCAUCCACGUGUGACGCGUUAUACCGCGCGCGCACCAGAGCGAUCACCACACCAGAUACCAACCUGGUGGUCUUCUCUGCCUGAGACCACCUCUCACUACAUCCAUUAUCCCUUUGCCUUUUAACCCUGACAUUCAGUCUUAACACGUUUUCUCUUAAAUUAUUCAUUCCAGAAUGUCAAGGGUCCACUUACUAUUUAUUUGAAAAAAAAAUGUUUGUGGCAUUAAUUUAAUAAUUCUUGUUUUUCACCCUCCUUUCCUGAAGACCUUUUCAGCCCCUUUCACCUCCUUCUCCUGCUAGACACAAAAGAUGCACACAGUGAUUUUAUGUCCCCAGCGCAUCUGGACGCAUUUCUGAAACAAGAUACUAUUCAAUACUUCUACUGGUUUUCAAUGUAAACGUAUAUCUGGCUGCAGGGCUGUGUGUUUGGAUACAGGUGUGAGGUCUUACACUUCAACAGAUAUGCCCCCGAGGUUCUCUGUGACCUCAGAAGCUUUGCCAGAAUCCCCUCUAAUUCAGUUGAGCAGCAGUGGUAGGAUCUGCGUCAGCGGUGUUUCCCCCAAAUGCCAUUCAGCAGCAAGGGUCAGCAGUGGUGACCGCCAGGCAGGAGAGUCCUGCAGCCAAACCCAAAACCCAAGGUUGUGGACCAUGGAGGAGGCUACAGUGAUGCUGUCAUGGGCUGGCAUCUUCUCACGGAGUUGCCUUGUCACAUCUGGUGCAUCUAGGGAGUUUUUGUUGUUGUUGUUGUUUUGUUUUUUGGGUUUUUUUUUUACAAAAUCCCCAGGAUGCAAGAAGCCACAUGACAGCCUCCAGGCAAAGAUAGAGGCAAAUAGUCAUGAUACAUCCAGAGAAUGAAAGAAAACCAUAGGGAAGGAGAAGGAGGGGAAAUACAUUCCCUAUAUGGGAUGUUCCUACUGUUAACUCUGGGGAACGGACGACUUCUGGGGCAGCAGCUGAGCUCCUCUGGCUCACUCCCUCCCUCCAUCCAUGGCCACAUGGGGGGCAUGCCUCCCUGUGAACCAGAUUAACUGCACUGGUCACACAAGGAUUUCUCUGGAGAUGUGCUGAUGGGCUGGGAGGCAGUGAGGUUUCAUUCCCCAUCUCCUAACUCCAGGGAGCUCGGCCAUGCCAUUUUGACCUUCCUGAAACCAGGACUGACUGUCUGUGGGGUGGGGGAGGGCCUCACCCGGAGUGGUUCAAUGGGAAAAUGUCAGUUAAUGGGACAGUUCACUUCAUGGGACAACCCAGAAUCUCACCACCAGGACAUAGGAACGGCCCCAUCAGAUUUCUUGAGCCAUUUCGUCACUUGGAAGAAAAUAGCGUACCUUCAUAUUUAUUUAAAGAGUGCUCAAGGCCAUACCUAAUAGCAAUAAAUAGGUCUAGCCAAGAUGUUACUGGCUAUGUCAUUAGCUGGGAGUGCUCUCCAUAAGCUGAUUAAGGUACUGAUAGGAAUGUUUUGUUCUUAGUAUUGGUUGGGGAUUGGAACUUUGUUUUUGUACAUUUAUUUCAAAUGAGGAGGAGGUCAUUUUUUUCUCAAAAGAAAUGAAUAUUUAUUAUUGUUUUACUGAUUUCUGUUGAUUAUAUAUACCUCUCCUCCUCGCUUCAUUCUCACGUUUUUUCCUUUCUCUUGGACUCUUGCGUUUGCUGUCUCCUCCUCUCUCUUCCUUUUUUAUUUUGUCGCAUAGGUAGAGUGCUGUAUGGCUAGCAUUGUAUUGUAUGUAAUUAAUUUUGCACAAAGGCAAACAUUUAGAAUAGUAGGUUAAUUUUGUUUGUUUUUUAUGACCAUGCCAAAAUAAUAUUCUGGGCUGGUGGAGAACAAAGGACUGUUCUUUAGGACUGAAACUUGAUUUUGCUUGUAGUUAAAAAAAAAAAAAGAAAAAGAAAAAAAAAAAACAACAAAAAACACACACACUCACAGAUGUUGUUUCGUAAGUGUUAUAAGCACUGGAUAUAAAUGGUAUUUUUUAUCACUUCUGACUAAUGUGAAACUUGUACGAAAACUACACGAACAAAAGUCAUCUGUUUCGACUCGUGUGGGCUUGCCUCACAGUUGCCGGAUUUGAGUCAUUUUUAUGUCUUGUUAUUUCAUUUAUUUAUGCAAAAUACAUGUGUGUAUGAACACUUUGUUUUAGCUCCAGCUCUGCCUCAGUACUGGGGUGCAGUCACUUCUGGCCAUGUUCUUAAAAGUGAAAGGCUAUUCAGGAAUGAUCUGAUUGCAAACGUCUCUUUCAUUGGGUCAAACGGCGAUGCUGUAUUUGAAUCUAAAUUCUGUGCAUAAGCAGUUUACUCUAUUUAUUAGCCAAGUUUGGCUCUAAAUAUCCAUGGAAAUUAAGAAUGACAAUCAUAGGGGAUCACUUCGUUUUAUUUUCAGUGGGGCUUAAACAAAGUUUUUAUGACUCUACCAUCUCAUUUUAGAUGUUUCUAAUUGUGUAAAUAUAACAUAGAAAUAGAAUUUAUUUUUGGUUCAUGAAUACGUAGUGAGAUAUAAGUUACGUAUUUCCUUUUUGUUCUCUCUCCGUAUACAUUGGUCCAGACUAGAAGUUGACAAGUCAGUGUACCUCAUGGGGAUAGUGAACUAGCAGCCGCAGUGAGAGAGCAGUGUUCCACCCGCACUGGGGAAGCAAAACCCUUCACUCGGGUUCCCAGGCAGUUUAGAACCCACUGUCCACAGGCUCAGACUUUUACUUAUUUUUUUCUCAUAGAAAGUCGAUGAAUUGAUUAUACUAAAUUUCCAGUACAGCUGGGGAAGAGUCAAUUUGCUUUUGUAAAUCCACAUAAAUCUUCUAAGGUAGUUCUGUGACCAUUUACUAGCAAGAAGCACGAAUGCCUCCGAGACUGACCAUUAAUAAAAGUCCUACCAUGCCAAUUAGAUUAAAGAAUGCUAAUCAACUGUUUUCAGUGCUUCCUAUUUCACAGUAUCUUCAAAUCAAAGAGAAACCAUCUCCAUGUUGUUAAAGAACUUACAGGAUCAGGAUUUUCCUUGUCACUUAGGAUAGGGACACUGGCGCACAAUCCUCUCCUAAAAAAAAAUGGACCAUAUGGGACAGGAAGGAAGGAAGGGAAAGGAAGGAAUGAAGGAAGGAAGAAAAGAAGGAAGGAAGGCAGAGAAAGGAAGGGAGAGAGAAAGAAAAGGUCAAUCCAUGGACAGGAGCAGCCAGGCAAGCGGUUUCUCUAUUUCCUUGGCAGAGGCGAUGCAGUACCUUCUCCAGGAAGGUAAGAAAGUUAUGUCGUUUUCACGUGUAUUCAGCUCAGUCUUCCAGGAGCACAUCAGUUUGCUUCAUUUGGUGUUUGAGACUCGCCAGCCUUGUCCUCAGGCCCGAUUCAUGAUGCCAGGGUCCUGACACAGUCUCCCAGGCCAAGUUCUAAAUUGAGGUGUGGGCUCACAGUGCUGUUGAGCUUGUCAAAUUCUGGCCUCCCCUGCACAUUAGCCCCACUGGAGCCUGGGUGUUUGAAAAGGGUGUGAUCACUCUAGGGCUGAAAUUAAAGGCUUCUUUCUUUUCCUUAUGAAGCCGGGCUGCUUCUUCGGAGCACACCCUCCCAAGCCAGGAGCACCAGGCACUAGCUGAAAGCAGGGAUUAUUCCGAGGAAGCCCAUCUACCCCCAGUAGGAAGGCAGCCUGGUCACUUGAACACCACAGGCAGAGACUGCUUCUCCCAAUUUACUCAUUCUGCAAAGAGCUGACCUCGACCUACUCAUUAGGGAAAGGAGAAAGAAUCACUUAGUAGUUUUAAACCAUAUGAGAAGUCCUGUUCCAAGUGCCAACGACUACAACGAAUGCAGCUAGAGGAAUGUAUUGAAAUUAUUACUGGGUCUUCCUUUCUAAUGAGAAAAAAUGACAAAAAUGGUUGCUGUAGCCUUGCCUGAUUUUGUACACGUUUGUCCAAGGACUGAGUUGGCACUGAAGCUCACUUCUCAAAGUAUAAUAAUAUUGUAUGACCUCAUCUGUCCCUUUACAGAAGCACCUGCAUCAUUUCCUUAAGCCAUCUGCCCCCUGACAUGUCUUCUUCCUUAAUAAACAACUUCUAUCUGUUACUCCUGCUGAUGACGUUCUGUUUCUGAUGCCAUAUACUGUUGAGCGUAGCCCUCUGCUAAUGUCAUUGCAAAUAUCGACACGCAAACACAUUUCCUUUUCAUCCCCAUCCCAUCUUUCCUUCUGGGGACAGAUUGCUUUCCAAAAGCUCAUGAACAAGUAGUGGAAAUGCUGGUACCUUUGGGGCAGGGCUAGAGGAGGGGGUGGGGGUGGGGGACAGAAAGGUAAUGCUGAGUUCAGAUACUCUUCCGAUUGGAGUCCGUGGCUGUAUGAACGCUUGACGGUAACUCAGUUGCUCAGUAGUUUCUUAUUCCUGAAGAACCACAAGCAUAAGGUGAGGCCUCAGUGCUGGUGCUCUUGGAGUAUGGGGAAUGUGCAAAUAUUUAACUGUUUUGUAUGCUGCACAUUGCAGAUCUGCUCAUGUGCAUUCUCCGUUCGUCUUCCUUUGUCAUACGUGUUUUUGCUUUUUUUUUUUUUUUUUGGAAAGUGCAGUCUUUAUUGUACCCUUCUUCAGCUUGUAGCAAAUUAGAAUGCUUAGCAUUUAUGUUCAUUCAUUAUUGUAUUUGCCAUGUAAAAUUUUUAUUACCUUAGACAAGCUUAUAAGCUGUUACUACAUAACUUAUCUUACUGUAACUCUUUUAUUUCCCAACCUUGUAAUUUGUUUGUGAUGUAUAUUGUGAGAUUGUAUUCUAUGUUAAUUUAAUCAGCACAAUUCACUGACAUGCUGGACUGACAUGCUGGCUGCUGUUUCAAAGUGUAAAGUUUGUGUAGGGCUGUUGGGACAACUGUGGCUUGUUGUUGAGGUACUGUGCAACACUGCGGGUGUGGCCCUUACGAUGCCAAGGGCAUUCACUACACCCUCGAGCAAAUUUAACUGCAGAUUUUCUUUGUAGAAAUUCUAUGUAUAACGCAGGUACCUACUUGGCCCAUGGCUGUUAACUAUUUGGGCGAUUAGAAAAACAAGAAAACAAAAACCAUAAAAACUAGUGUCUAUUGCUGCUUUGAAUAUGUUUGAAAGUCUGAAAAUGUAAAUAAUUUAUCAAAAAAAAAUCUUGUACAGUCCAGUGUAAAGUUUUUAAAUGACCUUAAGGGUUACCAUCACAUCUCUCUCACACUCUCCUCUUAAUCAUGGAAAAAAAAGUUUGCUAAGGAUUAAAGAAAUGGGGGGAAAAAGAAUAUCUUCAAAUUUAAAGGAAUGAAUCAUUGUUCUUAGCUUUGUUGCAUACACACAUUUCUUGGAUUUCGUUGUGCAGUAUUGACGUGAGAUAAAACUCAACAUUGAAUAAUCUUUCAGUGGUACUUUUCAAAGUCUUCCCCUCCUCUGCCUCAUAAUUAAGGGAAAAGACAAAAUUGAAAGACGCACUGUCUUUAUCUAUCCUGGUGUAUGUUGGCACCUUAGCUACUUUUUUUUUUCUUUUUGCACAAGGUGCUUUCCUGAUAUGUUAAACAUGCCAUCUUUGGGUGAUAAUGUAUAUGCCAUGAAGGGGCCCCGGCCCCUCAGGGGAGUGUCUAUAAGAACCUGCCUAUUUAUGCUCAUUUACCUCAAGACUGUCCUCUCUACCCUUAAUCUAGUCGUCAUCACUCCAUCUUUUGUACUGCUGUUGACACUUACAAAUUAAAGAUAAAUUUUGUUUUAUGA